AUGGAUGAUAAAGUAAUUUGGGGGCUAUCAGAUAAAGAGACAUUAUCAGUCAAGAGUGCAUACUAUAUAGACCUGGAGAGAAAGAAACAGAAGACAGGAGAGACAUCGAAUGGAGAACAAAAUGAAAGAUGGUGGGGGAAAAUAUGGAAACUAACAAGCUCAGGUAAGGUAAAACAUUUUAUUUGGAAAGCCCUCAAUGAAAUUCUACCAACAAGGAGCAACCUUUUCAAGAGAAUAAUAGUUGAUAACGCUACUUGUCCAACCUGCAGCAGAGGAGAGGAAACAGCAUUUCACGUGCUAUGGGAUUGUCCUGCUUCAGUAGAUGUGUGGGGAGAGGAUUGCAGUCCAGUCAAAAAAUGGAGAAGGAACUAUGCUAACUUCAGGACACUAUGGUUUGAUUUUCAAUCCAAGCUUGAAGAAGGAAAGCUUCAUAUAGUAACUGAGGAAGUAGAAGCAACCAAGCUGGCUCAAGAAAAGCCGACAGAGAGUCAAGCAAGCCUAACAGCAGUGACGAGAACUUUGUGGAGACCCCCUAGAAUGGAUUAUAUGAAAGUGAAUGUUAAUGCAGCCAUGGAUAAAAAUAUGGGAAGGAUGGGGAUUGGCAUUGUAGUGAGGGACUGUAGUGGUGAGGUACAUGUGGUGGUGGCCUCUCCCAAACAAAUAACAAGGACUGCUAAUGUAGCUGAGAGCUGGGCCAUGCUCCGUGCUAUUCAGUUGUGCAGAGAACUAGGCCUCAGACAGGUGCAACUGGAAGGAGAUGCGAAGAUGGUAGUGGAUGCAGUCAAUUCAAAUACACAAGACUCUUCAUGGGAUGGACAAGUUAUGGAGGACAUCAAAUCUGUCUUGAAAGCCCAGCCAGGGUGGUCAGUAUCGUUCUCAGGUAGAAGUAGCAACAAAGCAGCGCAUGAAACUGCAAAACUAGCUUUAUCUUUAGGCUCUGAAUGUAUUUGGGUGGAGGAGGUACCACCUGAGGUCCUCCCUGCUGUUAUUUCAGACAAGAUUGUUAUUGUUGAGUCAUAUUAA